UUGCUGUGGGCGCAGGCUGUCACACACAGUGGGAAUCACACAUACACACACGCACACACAUUCACUUACGAAUGUAACAGUAAAGACACUUAGACAAAAACAAUGCCUGAAAAAGGAGACGAGGCUUCCCACAGAAGCCCGUUGGUUACGUUAAAUAACCAGUAUCAGCGCUUUCUUACAUUUUAAAAGACCACUUCAUAAAGGGCAUAUGUUUUUUCAUAUUCUUGAUACAUUUUGAAGGGCACAUAGACGUAAUUCUGCGAGCUUGCCGUUUCAUGUUUUUUUAAACGCCUAUUAUGUAUUUAUUAAUCACGAUAUCAGACAGGGAUAACUGGCGUCAUUGUUGAGAUGAUUGUUAGCUAGCGUAAUUAGCUACCAACGGCAACAUUGGGUUCAUAUUGCUGGAGUAGGACGUUUCGUCAUGAUAUAAAACAGAAAGGAAGGAAGGAUUUUUUUAGCCCUCGUCUGUUGUAGUCUACUGCCGUUUUCCUGAUGAUGGUCUGGAUACUUUUUCGUUUGAGGAAGAAACAAGAUGUGAGGACAUUUUAAAUCGAAACUGAAAUUUUAACUUUAGCCUAUCUUGUACGAAAUCCAUCGCUCAUUUUGUACAGUUGGAAACAACCUUCGAUAUAUAGCCUAGCUAUUUUAGUAUGCAGUCUUAUUUUAAAAACGAGGAUGGAAACAUUGCUGUUCUCCGUUGCCUCUUGUGUGCUACACACUGUCAGAGUAUGGCGGUGGUAAGAAAGAAAUACUAUAAAUAACCAUUACAAUUCGCAAACUAUCACAACUGGUGCAUAAGGUUGUGGUGCAAGCGGUUUUGAUUUUUUUAACUCUUUCUUGUAUUUAAGAAACAUCAGUACGUAUCCGUAUCCGUUUUAUAUAGAUAUUUAGACUAUAACUCUACCAUUCUAUCUAUUGAAUAACAUCGUUCACCUCUGACUGACUCCAGUCAUUUGACACUUGUCGUAUGUGUUAAUUUUCAAUAUAAUGAUGAGAAUCAUUUCCAUAUUGCCAGACUAAAACUGCGCUUUCGUACAUUAAGUUCUGGAAUCCGGGCGAUUCCACGUUCAUUAUCGAUACGUUUUUAAUUAAAAUUGAUUUUCGCAUUAGAAGAAAGGAAUACAUCGUUUGGAUUAAACUGUUAUUUAAUCAAUAUAAUAACCGAAGAGACUGGCGUGGCUACAGUGUGACAUUUUCUGCUGGAUGCAGCCUAUUAAACCGAGGAUCUGUUUUCUUUUUGUGCGUGUUUAGUAGGCUAAUGAUUUGAUUCGGACACCCAUGACCUGGAUUCCAUGAUUAUUCGCAUCUCCUAAUAGCCUACGUUUGGAUUUACAACAUAACAUCACAGUUUUCUUUGGAGUUCAUGUCGUAAACGUUGAAGACAAAGGUUGUAAGUGAUAGCUCGUUAUUUUAAGCCCUCCAUCACAGUUUGGAUUCAGCGCGUCUUGGGGUAACAUUUAAUCGUCCCGCAAAAUCAAUUCAUUAUUGAUACAUUUUCCUUGGGGAGCAGGGGUGGGGGAUUUAAUUUUAAAUCGCGCCCCUGUUCUUGCUGUCAGUAAUUUGAGUAUUGUCAGCGUAUGGCGUGGAUUUCUUGAAAAGGAACUUUACAACGGCACGGUCUUGGUACCGACCCAGGAUUUCGACAUGCCCAGCACUGACGACCCCGGACGAUUAUGACUGCAGCAGCGAAUUGGGUGGCUAACGGGGCGAGCCUUGAAGACUGCCACUCCAACCUCUUCUCCCUGGCGGAGCUCACUGGAAUCAAAUGGCGGCGCUAUAGAUUCCGAGGUGGUGGUGAAUGCGGGCCUGUGAUUUCGGCGCCGGCUCAGGAUGAUCCUAUCCUGCGCAGCUUCACCCGGUGCGUGAAGGCCAACCUGCUCUGCGUGUGGCGGCGCGAUGCGAAACCCGAUGGCAAGGAGCUGUGGAUCUUCUGGUGGGGGGAGGAGCCGAACCUGGCCGACAUUAUCCACAAUGAACUGGAGGAGCCGGAAGAAGGGGUAUGGGAGAGUGGAUUAACAUACGAACGCAGGACAUUGCUCUUCAAGGCCAUCCACAACUUGCUCGAGAGAUGUCUGAUGGAAAAGGACUUCGUGCGGAUUGGGAAGUGGUUUGUCAAGCCCUACGAGCCAGAAGAGAAGAACCUCAGUACGAGUGAGCACCUGUCCUGUGCCUUUACCUUCUUCCUGCAUGGAGAGAGCAAUGUUUGCACCAGUGUGGAGAUUUCUCAGCACCAGCCAGCCUACCGCGUCAAUGAGGAUCACAUCACCCUGGCCCAGACCUCCUCCACCCCUGUGCGAGUGAUCCUGAGCCCUUAUGGAUUGGCUGGGACCUUGACAGGCCAAGCCUACAAGAUGAGUGAGCCUGCAGUGCGCAAGCUGAUGGAGGAGUGGAGCCACUUCUACCCCACAGUGCUGAGGCUUCGAGAGGAUGAGCGCCAGGAUGGAGACCCCAGCUAUGACCCCCACAGCCACGUGGCUGUUGAGGUCAUCGUAGGUGGUGUGAGAAUGAUAUACCCAGCAGCCUUUGUGCUCAUUGCCCAGAGUGACCUGCCAAUGGAGCAGGUCCCUUUGGCUCCUGGGGCCCAAGGGAUUAGCAGGGACCCCUCCAACUGCAGCAUUCCACUCACUCCUCCCUCAUCACCUGAGCAGCCCUGCACAGGUGACAGCGGUUUCCAAACUUUAGUCUCAAGCAUCCCUGGACAGGAGAGUGGCAUGGUGGCCACCAGCCCUAGCCCAAAGCAUUCUGGGAAGAAACUGACUAGCCAGGUGGUGCACCAGGCCUGGAAAGAGUGCUACCUGAGCCAGACGCAACACAUGCACAGUCUGUCCGGCAUUAUGACCCCAGAGGAGGAGAUGCCAAACAGGGCACCAGCAUGGGACUUCAUUGACCCGGCAGAGAGAGCAUCUUGCAGCUGCUCCAGGUUAAAGCAGCACAAGCAGCAGCGACAGACAAAUGUGGCAGGCCGCCCCGCUUCAAACCCCCAGCUUGGUGGCAAUGCUGCAACCAUGGUCACACCCUCACUACCCCCGCCAGCCCCACCAAAGCACAAAGCAGCUGAAAAGCCAGACAAGCAGCCCAAAAGACCAGCCAUGAUACCCUUCCAUCACAGACUUUCUGUGGAUCCGGAGGCUUGCAUUGAGCCAGAGUCUGCUGGGGCCCAGAAACUGGGACUAGUGGUGCUGGAGACCCCUCUAGAUGUGUUGCCUACCUGCAAGUAUCCCAAACCCCACCCUACAAGUGAAAAACCCCCAGAGUCGCCCAUCCAAUCUCCUGUCUCCCCUUUGCCCCCCACUCUAAGCCCUCACCCGCGGGUACAGGAACAUGAGUUGCUGGAGCCCCCCAUAGGUCUGCCACCUUGUCCAGAGAUACCCAUGGGUCCACGGUUAUCAGAGCCCAGUGAGACGGCACUGUACAUGGCAUCCCUCCCUCCCGUGGAGGCUGCGGGUGGGUGGUGGAAGGGUUACAAGGCCCCUAGCAUGGUGAAUCCUGAAUUCCGGCCCCCAGAGCUACAGAGUGAUCGAGUGGAGAAUAAGGCCGAGGCGACCAAUGAGGGGGCUACAUUGAAGAGGCUGUUCAUGCAAACCCACAAACGCUUCAAGAUCUCAGAGGAGAGGGUGAAAGAACACAUUCGCACUCUGGGCCUCCUGCAACAACCAGGGGCAGAGGGGUUGACCGACUCCAGCGAUGAUCCCUAUGCCUUCAAAGAAGGGGAAUUUGAGUACAGCUUCUCUACUUCCAAGAGACUUAAGGGGCAGCAGAGGGAGCCUGGAAGGAAAAUUAAGGGAGACACCAUAACCACAAGUAGCUCUGGAGCAGUACCUGAUGGGAAAGAUGCCAUGUCCAUUUUCAGCACAGCACCAAAAUCUGAGGAAUCUCAACAGGAUGGUGCGGCAGCCAAGGCCAACCCACCCCUGACCAGGGAGACAGAUCUAGUGGUCCUCAUCUCUGACCUGGAGAACAUCUUUGACAACUCAGAUGAAGAUGAACUAGGGGCAAUGGCUCUUCAUCAGCAAACACCCAAGGCCCCUCCUGUUGGGGCCGAAGAUCGGCCCCUGGGAAAGGAUGGCAGGACUGCCGUGCCAUACCCUCCAACAGUUGCAGAUCUCCAGCGCAUGUUCCCCACUCCGCCCUCCCUUGAGCAGCACCUGGCUUUCUCUCCUGUCAUGACUUACCGAGACACGCUCAGCCAGGAGCCCCCGACCCCUGCAGCCAACACAGACCAUUCUCUGGGGCCCCUGGUCACCUCCCAGCUCACUGAAUUCAGAAUGGAGGUGGAAGAGGGCAUGGCCAGCCCAAAGGCAGAGAACGUCAAGGACUUCUCAUUUGUGUAUCGUGUUCCUGCUGUUCAACCACACAUUGGCUGCUCCAUGUUUGCUCCACUUCGAGCCCUGCCUAGUCAAUACUUGCCCCCCCUGAGGAUUCCAGACAACUGUUACUAUCGGCCAUCCUGGGCCCUUCCCCCCAAGAUGGAGCAACUGCAUCUCCCCCCUCAGUUACCCUUCACCCGGGAUGGUUACAUAAAUGUGCCAAGUGUCAACAGCCUGCUAGACCAGGACUAUGCCCAGAUGAGUACCCCUCAGAUGGGCACACCGGUCGCUGUCCACAGUGCCGCUUCAACGGGCAACACCGGUGGGGGUGGUGUACUGCCCUCUACUUCUCCUGCCACCCCCCGCUUCUCUGUGCCCACUCCUCGGACCCCCCGGACCCCCAGGGGAACAGGAGUGACAGGGAGUGGGCAGGGGUCCGUCAAGCAAGACGGCACCGAGCUUAGCUCUCCGGCAUCCUCCACCCCCACCACCAGCCGGCUUGGCCUGAGCUCCGUAGAGCCCCUUGCCCCGCCCGCCCUUCCCGAAGCCCACAGCCUGUAUGCCGUUCUGCUCCUCUCCGACUCGGUGCUGGAUGUCUUCAAAGACCGCAACUUCGACAGCUGCUGCAUCUGCGCCUGCAACAUGAACGUGAAGGGCGCAGACGUGGGCCUGUACAUCCCCGACUCCAGCCGCGAGGACCAGUACCGCUGCAUGUGCGGCUUCAGCGCCAUCGUCAACCGCCGGCUGGCCCACGGCACCGGCCUGUUCCUGGAGGACGAGCUGGACAUCUUCGGCCGGGGUUCGGAGGUCGGGCAGGCGGCGGAGCGGCGCUUGGCUCUCUGCCGCAGGACGGCCCCCAUCGCCGAUCCCUCCGCCGACGUGCUGGUGCUCCUGCAGGAGCAGUGCUCCCGGCCCAUCUCCUUGCUCGCCUCCCUCCAGCGGACACCUUCCUGUUCCUGCCGCGGCCGCCAGGAGGCGCUGCUGCAGAACUGGAUGGCUGAUAAGCUGUGGGCGGACAGCAGCGACGCGUGCGCCGAGUGCUACAAUGCCCUGGUGCAAGGCCAGCAAUACGUGGACAAUCCAGCAGGGGGCAAGGUGGACCCAGUCGUUGUGAGAAGCACUGCACUGCACAGUUGGCCACACGCAAACGUGCUGGACAUCAGCAUGCUGUCCUCCCAGGAUGUGGUCAGAAUGCUGCUUUCUCUCCAGCCCUUCCUCCAGGAUGCCAUCCAAAAGAAGCGAACGGGCCGAACUUGGGAGAACAUCCAGCACGUUCAGGGCCCGCUCACCUGGCAACAAUUUCACAAGAUGGCUGGACGGGGCUCCUACGGCUCAGAGGAGUCUCCUGAGCCCCUCCCCAUACCUACCUUGUUGCUGGGGUACGACCGGGACUUCCUCGCAUUGUCUCCGCUGGCCCUGCCCUUCUGGGAGAAAUUGCUUCUAGAACCAUACGGAGGACAACGGGAUGUUGCCUUCCUGGUGAUCUGCCCCGACAACGAGGCCCUCCUGGCUGGGGCACGAGUCUUCUUCCGGGAGCUCAGUGCCGUGUACGAGACCUGUCGGUUGGGAAAACACAGACCCCUGGCCAAGGUGUCCCAGGAUGGGAUGGUCCUGGUUGGUGCGCUGGAAACCCAGGAAGUGACAGAAGACCUGGUGGAUCAGUGGCUCUCUGAGCCGUGGACUGGCCAGCAGCAGGAUAAUAAUCUCACUAAGUUGAAGUGCUAUGCCCAUGUCUGCAAGCAGCUGGUUCCACAGUUGGCUGCGCUUCCGCUCGACAGCAGUGUGCUCCUGCCCUUUAAACCUCAGCCUCCUCUGUCCCCCGCGCCCGCAUCCCAGCCGGCCCCCGGCGGCCAGCCACCCGUUACGGUCUCGGCCCCUGACAGCAGUGCAUCAGCACAGGGGACUGGGGCCACCCCCAUGCCCUCUGGGUCUACACCGGGCCAGCAAGGUGGAGCAGACAUGCCACAGGGGGGCAGCGCAGAAUCUGAGAGCACUGCCUGCCCAGUGCAACCCCCUGAUUCAUCUGCUGAAAACCCAGAGAGCUCUGCGGACCGGGAGCGCAUCGGCAUCCCGACUGAGGCAGAAGCGGCGGACAGUCACGCCCACCCGCCGGCUAUCGUGAUCUACAUGGUGGACCCGUUUCUUCGCGCCGACGGCAGCAGCCGGGAGGAGGAGGAGGAGGAGGGGGAGGGGGUGGAGCCGGACAGCGUGUGGCUGCUGGGGCUUCUGCGCUGCUACACGGAGCUGCUGCGCACCCUGCCCGGCGUCCUGCAGCCCGCCAUCGUCCUGCAGGUGGUGCCUUGUCAGUACCUGCUGCAGCUGGCCUGUGGGGAGAGCCCGAUGUACCUGCAGCACCUGCGCUCCCUGGCGUUCUCAGCGUACUCCCAGUGCCGACGCCUGCUGCCCACCCAGACGCACAUAAAGUCUCUGACAGGCUUUGGGCCCGCCUCCGAUGUCAACACCACCCUCAAGGCCUCAGAGAACCCCAGCUCUCUGCAGCUAUACUCCCCGACCUUCAUCCUUGGCCCCACGCGCACUAAGCAGCUGGAGAUGGGAGAGGCCUGGGGGGAGGCCACCCCACGCUACGGCGUGCUCUUUGUGGGCUACUGCCUCUCCCACGACCAGCGCUGGAUCCUCGUGUCCUGCACUGACCAGCAGGGGGAGCUGCUGGAAACCUGUGUCAUUAACAUUGACGUGCCAAACCGGGCACGAAGGCCAAAGGUCUCACCUCGGAAGAUGGGCUUGCAGAAAGUAUGGGAGUGGUGCAUUGGCAUCAUUCAGAUGACCUCGUUACCAUGGAGAAUUGUGAUUGGCCGACUGGGCCGACUGGGUCACGGGGAGCUGAAGGACUGGAGCGUUCUUCUGGGGGAGCACUCCCUCCACUCCAUCAGUCGGCAGCUGCGCGACGUGUGCCGGAUGUGUGGCAUCUCUGCCAGCGACUCGCCCUCCAUCCUCAGUGCCUGCCUCGUUGCCAUGGAGCCCCAGGGCUCCUUUGUGGUUAUGCCCGACGCGGUGACGAUGGGCUCCGUCUUUGGUCGCAGCACAGUCCUGAACCUACAGACCUCGCAGCUCAACACCCCACAGGACGCCUCCUGCACACACAUCCUGGUCUUCCCCACAUCUGCCACCACACAGGUGGCCCCUGGCACCUAUCCCACUGAGGAUAACCCAGAUGACAUGUUUGACCUCCCUUUCCCCGACGAGCUUGAGAACGACAUUGGGAAUGACAUGAUGCUGAUCACAGGGAAUCUCCCCCCCUUCCCAAACACAUCCCCUGUGCCCUCUCCCGGCUCCCCAUCUGGCAUGGGAGGGGGGGCUCACUUCCAGCACGCCCGGAGUCAGGGAGAGAGGCUUCUGUCCAGAGAGGCCCCAGAAGAGCUCAAACAGCAACCCUUAGCUCUGGGAUACUACGUGUCCACUGCCCGUGCCGAUGACCUACCGCAGUGGUUCUGGGCCUCCUGUCCGCAGGCACAGAAUCAGUGUCCACUCUUCCUGAAGGCGUCUCUCCAUCACCACAUCUCCAUCACUCAGACUGAUGACCUCCUAUCCAGCAAGGCCUCACAAAGAAGCCCCCAUCCUCUGGACUCCAAGACCACCUCUGACGUGCUACGGUUUGUUUUGGAGCAGUACAACGCCCUCUCCUGGCUGACGUGCAGCCCUGCCUCGCAGGACCGCCGCUCCUGUCUGCCUGUUCACCUGGCCGUUCUCACACAGAUGUACAACGCAAUCCUGAAAAUGCUGUAGAGUUUGGUGAACUGAUCCCACUGAUCAAACUGUGUGGGGGCACUAGUAGGGACAAGUGCAAAAGGUCCUUAAUCUCUCUUUCCCCCUGAGACCCUGCCCUGCCCUGCCAGCCACAGAAGGGUGUCCUCUCUCAGAAAUCACUUCUUCCCAAUUAGAGCCAGAUGCAUUGGGCUAAAGUUUUUAUCCUGGUGAUCUACAGUAUUCUCACAAUACCCUCAGGCGAGGCUGUCUUGACAUAUUCUGAACCAAUGAGUUGGCGAAGAAGACGACUGUUAUCAUGACGGUCUGGCAGUGGUUUGACCCGCUUGGCAGGGAUGUCAGGGUGCAGGACUGUGGGUCAGUCCUUCAACUGUAUCAGCAUGGCAUUGGUACAUCUGAGCUGGCUUUCUGCUGCCUCAUGUUGCUUCAGUGCCAUGCAGGCCCCUCCAUUACACAUUACUAAUAGGCUUUGUGGUCAGCCGACAGUCCUGUUUCACUUGUGCCAAUUUCACAGUCCAGGCCUUCAAGGACAGCCAGAGAUGCAAGAAACCAUUCACCUUGAUGGUAGCUGCUUUUCCUCCUAUGAGCCAUGUCAGGGCUUGCCAAAGCUUGAUCUUACAAAUGCUAGUAGCUCCCUGAAUGCAGCACAGGCAAAGCUUCCCUUGGUUUCCUGACCUCAGGACACCUCAGACUUUUUGGUUGCCAAAAUCAAACCAGGUCCUGCUUAGGGGUCUCAUUUAUAAAAUUGUCAAAGAUCAAAUUGUAUUUUGAGUAGAGGCUUACGCAGAAAACCAUGACUAAGUGUUAUUCAUAAAAUCCCACUUUGACAUGUAUAUGAUUGUACCUCUGUAAAAUUUGCACUAAACAUACUGGAAGUUAAUUACCUGCUGGUUCUGUGGAGGUUCUAUAGCUAUACACACAUCCCUAAGAAUAACAUUUACCUGAUUUAAUUUUAGGCAUGAAGACGGCAAGAAUCAUGAACAACCCCACAUAAAAUGCCAUAUAAAAAGUGUUAUAUUAUCAGGCACAUAUAAAAGCAGUUCCCUCUCCUUUGAAUUCCCUGGUGUUACAGGUGCUGUGGACUGCACGUGUUGCCAUACAGACACUGUCUGUAAAUUGAAGUUCAUUUGAGAUUUAUAUCGGACAUGUGCGUAUAUGCAGAUACACUAAUUUAAAUCAACUUCUUUCAGUCUCAGUUAUUUUUAUAAAUAAAACAUAAGCUCAACUUGGGAAAUGAAUUUCAAAUUUAAAUUAAGUUUAAAUACAAGAACAUUUUUAUAAAUGAGACCUCAGAUCUAUUAUGCAUUAGAAGAUUUGUAUAUGAAGAGAAGCCAGAUGCAAGUCAGGUAAUUAGUCGAUUAAAUACAAGAGAUUUGAGCAUCCGUAGGUACAUUCAAUCAGUAUUAUGUCUCUUCUUUUGUUAGAAAUACAUAAAAAUGUUCUUACUAUAGUAUUAGCUACUAAUAUCUUUGGAUGGUUAUACUAUUAUAAAAACUGUUAUAUUUCCACUUAAUAGUUAACCAACUUUUUGCAAUACGGCAAGCUGUCUGUAUACACAGAAUAUCGAUUUCCAAAAUGCAAACAAUAACCCUGAGAAGAAAAAAAAAACAUACACACCCAUAGCCUUGUUGAUAGGACAGCCCAUGAGUUCAGGGAAAUGGCAUUAAACACAUAUAUAGUGGCUCCCCUGAGGUCUGAAAAGACACUGACAAGCCCUUGCAUGGCCCAAUGUUAGAAAAGAAGCCAACACAUAAGUCACAUGAUGAAUGGCAAAGUAUUUACUGGUUGUGUCAAGAUGCUGGUCUUCUGAUUUAUUUUCCCUGUAAAAAUGCAUAGCUCCAAAAAUGCUGUUAAAACAGUAUUCAGUACACAUAUCAGUGUAUGUGCAUCACAUAGCCUCAACAUCACACCUUGGUUCACAAUUUAUUGGCUCUUUCCCUUGUUUUUUUAACAGGUAAAAUGGGCUGUGGCGGCCAUUGUGAAAACAUAUUCUGUUCUCCCUUGUGACCCUUUUGUGAAGUGAAAACAUGUAUAAGGAUAUAAAAACUUGACUGUAGUCUAUCUUAGGAAACACAGCCAUGGAAUUCUGAGUUUGGUUACUGCCAUAGGCCUAUUCACUAAGAGGAUGACUCAGUGACCUUACAGUGUACUAAAACCGCACUCUGCAGGCCCAGAGACACACAUUGCACUGACCAUAAUUCAUGAUAAGGGCAACAUUAUGAGACAUGCAGGCGCAUACUCACUCCAGCCGAGAGGGAUGAAGUGUGCAACCAGGAUAGAACCCAUGUCUGUACUAAUGCACAAAAUCCAGUUCCCUGAUAGUCCAUGAAGCCACUGAGAUGCAUUGUUUUUUUUUUCUUUUUCACAAUGACAUUUUGUCUUUUUUCUAUUUAACUGUACAGUCAUCAUGACAUUGUUUGCUAACAGCACUCAAUUUUGUGGUGACAUCUGUCAGAGGGUGAGGAACUAAGACAUCCCAUAAAGACACUUUUUACUUUCUUUUUUAUUGUUGUAGAUAGAAACAUGAUGGAGACAAAUGUAAGUGAUAAAAUUAAACAAAAACAAAUGAACCUGUGUAUAGUGUAAAACUGACAUUUACAAAGAAUUGAGAUUAUUUUUAUUAAUUAAAACACAAAAUGAGAACAAAAAAAUGUUUUGAGGCCUUUUCAAAAUUUGACUGAGAGCCUUGGUAUGAGACAUGUAACAAUUGUUUUACAAUUAAAAAGUAAAAAAUAAAAAACAGAAGAAGAUUGCAUAUUUAUAUUAUACAAAAUGUUAUUAUAAAUACCUCCUGCAUCAGCUACAUAUGGGGGGUUUUACUUUAAAACAAAACAAAUCAAUUAUCUAAAGAAUUUUUCAUCCUAUUUCUUUUUGUAUUCUAUAUUGUUUUGAAAUAUUGGCCUAUUUUUAUUUAAUGAUUUUAAGUUAAGUAAAUAAAUACUGCAGACAAAAUAUAUUUAUAAAAUUUGUUUCCCUUUAGCUACAUAUUAAACUUGAAAUAGAUGGCAAUAGAUUUAAUAACACAUAUUUGAGCAUCAAAGAGUAUUGUAUAUUUGACUAAAAUGCAUUAAUUUAGGGGUGGUUUUUAAAAUGCUUUAGGAUACCAUCACAUCCCCUAUUUCUUCAACUCCUCCACCAAAAAACCUUGCAUGCCUGUAUAUAUGCAUAUUCAACUGAAAUUUUGGAGGCUCUGAAAGCUGUACAUUUCAUGCUGGUUUUUAUUUUCCUUUGUGUGAUUCAUAUGAAACAUUUUGCUGUUGGCUUUAGCAUAUAUAUGAGCUCCAUGACUUUUGGGACAAAGACAUAUUUUUUAUUUGAGUUGGCUCGAUACUACACAAUUUCAGAUUUGUAAUUUUUGGUACACAUUCUCAGCUUUUACUUGAUGGUAUUUCUUACCUUUUUGCCUUCACCAUGUAGAAAUAACAGCACUUUUUACACAGUCUUGCCCAUUUCAGGGCACCAUAAUACUUGGGACAUAUGAAUGGUAUGUAAACGACAGUAGUGAUGUUUAAUACUUUGUCAUAUCCUUUGCAUGCAAUGACUGCUCAAAGUCUGUGACCCAUAGACUUCACCAAGUGCUUCUCUGGUGAUGCUCCGCCAGGCCGGUACUGCAACCAUUUUCCGCUCCUGCUUGUUUCAGGGGCUGUUUGCCUUAAAUUUUCCCUGCAGCGUGUGAAACGCAUGUUCAGCAAUGAGUUUGGAAGCAUUUGCUUGAAUCUGACCAAAUAAGAUGCUUCUGUACACAUUAAUUCUGCUGCUGAUAUCAGCAGUUACAUCACCAAUACAUUGCAUCACUGAAGACACGUGAGCCAGUACCUGUUGUAGCCAGAAAUGCAAGCAUGACACUCCUACCACCAUGUUUCACAGAGGAUGGCGGUGCUUCGGAUCUUGGGCACUUUCUUUUGGUCUCCGCACUUCGCUCUUGCCAUCACGAAUAAUUCUUGGUCUCAUCUGUUCAAAAUACCUUUUUUUCAGAACUCUGCAGGCUCUGGGUACUUCUUAGAAAACUGUAAAUCCUGUUUUUGUAGCCAAAUACUAGUUUUCAUCUUGCAGUAUAGCCUCUGUAGUUCUGUUCAUUAAGUCUUCUGCAGACAGUAGUCACUGACACGUCUCCUAAACAGUGUUUCUGAUCUGUCAGACAGGUGUUUGGGUUUUUUUCUUCAUUAUGGUGAGAAUUCUUCAACUGUAGAGGUCUUCCUUGGCUUAGCGGGCCCUUUACAUUUACUGAGCUCACCAGUGCUUUGACAAUUUCUUUCUUAUUUCACAGUCUCAUAAUGGCUUCCUUAACAUUCAUUGGCAGAACUCUGGUCCUCAUGUUGACAAAGGCAAUCAACAACCUAGAAUCAAGACUAGAUAGAGAAAGCUCUCUUAUGCCUGCAAGGAAGCAAUUGAACACAUCUGACUAAUUAAAAACAUCUGUGAAGCCAUUUGUCCCAAAUAUUAUGGUGCCCUGACAUUGAUGGACUAUUUAUUAAAAGUGCUGUAAUUUUUACAUGAUGAAACCAAAAUGUGUAAAAAUACCCUUUAAUAAAAGCUGACCACAUGUGAAUUGAUUUAUUACAAGUAUAAGAUUGGAGAGCACAGAUCCAAAUCAAGAAGAAAAAAAAAUUGUCCCAAACACUAUGGAGCUCGCAAUAUAUAUAUAUAUAUAUAUAUAUAUAUAUAUAUAUAUAUAUAUAUAUAUAUAUAUUAUAAUGCAACCAUGGAUAUAUAAUAUUCAGCUUUGGAAGCAUUACUGGGAGGUUUCUUGAGGUUGUAUUACCAAGAAAAGUACACUAAAAACCAAGAAAUAAAAUUUGAUACAGCUGUUGUUAUUUUAAAUAUCAGUCUGAUCUAUCUUGAAAAAGAGAAAUCUGUAUCUUUUACACUCUUUUUUUAGUAAAUUAUUAAAUUAUUGAAAAAGCUGUUUGAAAGUCCA